AUGUGGCAUGAUAAGAUGUGCACAUAAAUAUCCCUGUGUGGUCCACACCAAAUCACAUUCACCAACACAACAUCAACAGCAGCUCCUCGUCUUCUUCUGAAUUUAUUUCGCAAGUCAAGAACAAUGAAACACAGUUCAGUUCUGCUUUUGCUGUUCCUUCUGGGGACGUGCUUGGCUUACACCUAUCAAAAUGUGGCCUUGCGUGGAAAAGCGACCCAGUCAGACCGUCUUGACCACGCAUUUGGAGCUGCCUACAAUGCUAUUGAUGGAAAUCGUGAUCCUACCUUCAAUGGUGGUUCAUGCACCCGGACUGAUGAACAGACCAACCCCUGGUGGAGAGUGGACCUGCUGGAGUCCUACAUCGUCACCUCCAUCAUCAUCACCAACAGAGGAGACUGCUGUCCAGAAAGGCUCAACGGGGCAGAGAUUCACAUCGGCAACUCUUUACAAGACCAUGGUGCUGCAAACCCAGUUUUCAGUGCGGAUAUUUGCAAAUGUUUUCUGUUUGCAGGAGAGAACCUGGCACUCCAAGGAAAAGCCACACAGUCAUCCCAACAUUCUACAGGCACGGCAUAUAAUGCUAUAGAUGGGAAUCGUGCCAGCGUCUGGAGCCAGGCCUCUUGUUCUCACACAGUCCAGGAGUUAAACCCCUGGUGGCGACUAGACCUGGGCAAAACCCACAGAGUGUUUUCUGUUACCAUAACUAACUACAAAAAUCUUAAUUUACAACUUGCUGGAGCUGAGAUCCGAAUUGGAGAUGCUCUUUUUGACAAUGGCAACAGCAAUCCCAGGUGUGCUGUGAUCUCAAGAAUCUUUCCAGGUUUCACUGAAACCUUCCAGUGUAACGGGAUGGACGGUCGCUACGUUAACAUCAUCAUUCCUGGAAGAAGCGAGUACCUGUGCCUGUGUGAGGUGGAGGUCUACGGCUCCAGACUGGAUUAAGUCUAAGGAGGUUCAAAAUGUAUAACAAUGAUAUGUUACAUUGCAGACGUCAGCUGAUGCUAUUGCAUAACCUCAUGUUGCAAUCAUCAAGUACUUGAGUAUUUUAGAGUGCAUACAGAGAACCUUUUUUUCUGAAAAGAAAAAAAUGGAACUCCCUUCUAUUGCAUAUCAAAACUUCCCCAUUUUUAUGAUGUUAAAAAGGUGGUUAAAGGAGAAUAAAAUAUGCAAUCAUGAAUUUAAAUUUUGUG